CAUUAAUUCUCCUGGCUACAUUCUUUGUGGCCGGUUGUCGCACAGUCCCGAUAACUCGCGAUAAUUACAAUCACCGAAGACCUCAACACGUUGCAAAUAUCACGGAAAAUGCGCGCCUUUGCUCUUGUUGCACUCCUGGUAGUGCCGGUCGCACUCGCCCAGGUCACUGAUGUGCCCGACCUAGCAACCGCAACCACGGCCACCGCGACUUUCGCAACGACCACCAACACAGCAGGAACAACAGGAACGACAGGAACAGGGACAACACGGACGACAGGCGGAACUACAGCAGCAACUACAGGUGCCACUACGGGUGCAGGAACCACAGCUCAAGCGACAAGCGUUACCGCCAUCAACCCGGGUACUACAUCUCAGACGACUUCCGCCGCAACAACUGGAUCAACCACUGCCAAUGCCGGAACGGGCACAACAUUCCAUCUCAGCGAUCUUCCCACCAUUCAAGGGGCUGGUAUCCCGACUAUCGUCGUCCCUUACACCGCCAAUGCGCCAUUCAUGCAAAAGUCGUCCCUCCCAGAAGGAACUGUUUUCAUUGCAGUAGGCGCCACUCUCGCCUUCCUUGGAGCCUGCGUGCUACUGUGGCGUGUCCUCGUGGCAUGGAGUAUCAACCGAUCUGUGAAAAGAGCUGCAAUGACCUCCGUCCGCGGGCCAGAAAAGUCCACAACAUGGGGUAGCAGCACAAGACAAGCAUACCAGAAGGAGUACGAGCCCGGCAACAGCAUGUCUAUGGACGCGCUGACAAGCUCCGGCAAGCCGAUCAAGUCUUUCCGCGAUCAAGAUAACAACUCCCGCGGCUCAGGCGUGGUCCCUCCAGCUGGUCUUUUUUUCAGUCCUACAGCCAACGCUCAGCAGCGAAACAGUGCAGUAAAUCCAGAUGGAAAUCGCGGCUCUUCAUAUCUCCCAGCCGGAUACUAUGCCUCUCCAUCUGCUCAAGCUGCUGGCGGUGCUGGGACCACGCUGAUCGGCAGCUCCCUCGCCCCUUACGCUCGCACAAAUUCUAUGAACAACACACCAUCACCACCAGUAUCGCCUGCCCUUCCACCAACAUCUCAGCCUUACAACCGUUCGGCAUCACGAGAAGGCGCUAGGGCUGGCCCUCGCGCACUGCAGUCUGGUCCCCGUAUCCGUCAACCGUCUGCGACGCGCGGUCAGUCAUCGAGCUUCUACAGACAAUCUAGUGCAUCAAACUUGACCGCAAGCAAUCUCGCUAGCAGCGAACAUCUUGCUGGUCAGCGAGCUCCUAGUGCUUUGCUAGAUGACUUGUUUGAUCAACACGGCACUGGACCGCAGCGGUAGACUCGGAAAGCCUGAGCGAUUGCUUCAUUUCCUUUACGACCUGUUUCCCAAUUUCGACCAUAUCGUCGCCGAUUAUGCCUUAUUUCUUGACACGACACUUUGUGGAAAUACCGCCUUCUCCGUUUCCCGCCUUCUUCUGUUUCUCAGGUCGGGUUUUGGUGCAAAUUGAAAGUUGGAUAAUUGCUUGAUUGCAUAUGUUGGCGCAUGUCUUAGAAUAGGAGGAAGGGGUGUUUGUUUUACUGUACUACUUCUUAUUUUUAUUCUACAGUGCAGCGACCGAACAGGACAGUGAUGCGCGAUUUACGUACAUAGGUGACAAUACAACGACAUCUGAUUUGGUUCCACAAGCCACCGUUCCGAGUCCUG